AUGGACACGGAAAGAGUGUUUAAAGACAAUGCUUGGUUUUUAUUGAUUAAGUACUUUACUCUAAAACCAGAGCCAAAACUUUUGAACAUUACCACAAAGAUUAACUUUUUAAAGAAGAACCUUGCAGCUGUAACAGUGGAAAAAAUUGAAAAUUUGAACAACAAUGAUCAUCAAAUAUUGAAGUUAUAUCUCGGAGAGGAUUGUGUUAAAAGUCUUGCUGAUAUGAUACAACAAAUCAAUACAUACAAAGAACACAUCAAUGAUAUGAGAAAAAUUCUUGAUGCAUACUGUACCCAUUGUUCUGAUUUCGAAAAGAUGAAAAAGAAAUAUAAGGAUUUAUAUGAUGGCAUGAUGAAGAUGAGCUUUUCAGAAUUCCAAAAUCAAUCUGUAUCUGGAGCUGAAAACAAAAAUUUGAAGACUAUCAUUUGCUGCAAGCAGUCAAAAUCCUUUUCCAAACUCCUUAAAGCGAGAACAAGCAAACAUACUAGCUUGGUUAGUGAUAUAAUCGAUCUUGGUUCUGCUAUAAGUGUAGAGCUUACACAUUUUUCUUAUGAACUGUUUUUAGGGGAGAAUACUACCUUCCUCCAAAGUUAUUGAAAUUUUAGGAGCUAUCAAAAAAGAAAAUAUUACAAAUGAAGUGAAAUUUUUGGGUAAUCUUGUUGACGCAAGUGAUGAAAAAGUAAUAGAACUUACUACCAAAUUGAAAACCCUUCUCUUUACAAAACAGGUAAUGGAGCUGGUUCAAAAAAUUAUAGAGAUUACUGGCUCAAAUGCUCUUGACAUCGGUGAUAUUGAUACUGAAAUUGAUGAAUUAAAUGAAUUCAAGAAUAUGAGCUUAG